AUGCUACUCGUCAUCAGUAUUUCCGGUCACUUACACAAACAAGAGACCGGAAUAAAAGAAGUCGGAGGUGGCUUGAUUCUUACGCAUGUCGCCCUCAUAAUAGCACUCGUUGUGCAAAUGUACAAAGGGACAUUGACAUCCGUCGAUGCUGCAAUUGGCGCGGUUAUCUUGGAUGCCCAGAAUGUCUCUUUACACAUCCCUGCCACUGCCAAACAGACUCUAGCUGCUCGAUGGCAAGUGCUUCUUCUCAUCCCAGCUCAAAUUAUGGGGCUAGUAUUCCUGCCGGUAGUGGUUAUCAAGUUGAUGAAGGGGGAAUUCGCGUCGGAAGAUUGCAAAUGUCUCAAGAUCUUCUGGUGGUCUAGUUUAAGCGACUGUGACGACUUCUCUGGUCUCGAGCUUUCUCUCUUCUGGAUCUACUACACGCUUCGCUGGAUCAUGUGGUGUCAGUCGUCUUUCCACUCUAUGUACAACACCCAGCCGUUUCAUGAGUCUGAGAGGGAGGGACGUGUCCUGAUUUUGAGGCCCAAUGGGACAAAGCCAGAAACGGAUAAAGAGAUCAUUGCGCUCGAAUGGGAGGUUCCAGAACGACGGGUCAAAAGGGCUACUUUCCAGGCUGGCCUUGUGUAUAAACAGUACUCUGCAACAAUAUCAGUAUCGUAUACGGCAUAUGCGCUAUACUCGCUCACGUCCAUGGUAGUUGCCGAGGUCACUAUUCGAGAGUACGACCUCCAACCUAGCUCCAACGUCUAUUCGAUCGGUCAGAUCAUCGCUAUCGUCGUCUCGCUCGCUACUCUGAUACGAGCUAUCUGGAGUUUCCAGAGCCUCUAUAUCGAUUCUCAGAAGUCGUUCCCCGAUUUGGUCUUUGAGCUGCUUACCUGGCCCCCAUGGAGUUGUUGCUUCCGGUCAAAGACAGAUAAACGAGGCGAAGAUACGGCCGCGACCCCCAUGAAACAAAAUGAGGAAGAGCCUCGGAAUGGAUCAGACACUGAUAGUAGAAGUAAUGGCUCAGGAGGACAAGGAUCUCCGCAACAUUCAGCACAGUCUUCACCCUCGAGACGUGAAGUGGCUGGUCGGCCUGAACAAUACUUUCAACGCUAUCCUGAAUCACCUCGUCCAGGUAACAGCAGACCAUCCUCGGAUAGCACCAACUCGUCAAGGCCGCAGCCAUUUUUGCCCCUAGAACAAGACGGUCGAGCACAGCGCCCUCAACCAGAUCAAUUAGAGUCUCAGCCACGGCGAAGCCACUCUCCCAAGCCAGCAUUCCGACUCAAAUUCCGCCAGCCGUUCCACCUAGAUGCUGUGAAGCAGCUUUUCUUCCCUGCAUUCACCCAAUAUCUGGAAGAGCGAAAGGAAGACAAGGCUGCAGUUCCGAGAAAAGGGAAUUCGGUCUCGCCCCCAUUCGAGCCCUCAGCAAUCGAUCAGCAGCGAGCCUACACGUUGCCUGGACAUUCUCAGGGAAAUACUGGCAAGGGAAAAGCUCCGGUACCACCUUCAGUCGAAGAAAGAGCGCAUCUAGCAGAAGCUUCGGUUUCAGCCGAUGAUGAACUCCGCGCUCUAGCUAGCGGCAAGCCCUCCGGUUCUAUAGGCGUCGAGACAAUACCGGGGGGAGACGAUUCCGAUGUGACGACUCAGCCAGGAAGAGAUCACACACUCGAAGAAAUACAGCCACAAGCUGCUACACGGAAAGACAUGGACGCAACACCGAUUCUAGCUGGUCAUUGGCCAGAAGAGGACCGACCAACCGUUGCCCAAAAGCUCGAAGAACGACAGCUUGCACCUCUUCGCUUCCCAAUACAAACAAAAGAGGGAGACGUACCGGAAUCCUCGAAGACUGGCGCAGCCCGAGAACCUUCGAUUCCAAACGUUGACAUAGAACCGGUACCAAUUACACCUGACCUAGAGCAAAUAAUAGAAGUUGGAAGUAUUUCAGAUGGUUACAUGCCAUUGACCGGCUCUUCAAAACUCGCAUCCACCGCUGGAACUUCCAAAGGUCAUUCAAACCCAUGGGAUAGUCACCGUGAAGGCCGUGCACCGCCAUCACUCCGCUCACAUCUCAUUCGGAGAUACCUACCCCGACCACUUCGAAACCUUGCAGGGGUUGAAGAAAGCCCUAUUGACCUCGCUUUACCCGGUCUCUCAAGCUCCAGUGAUGGGAAAGACACCAAAGCUACUCCUGGCCGGUUACCGCUUGAUAUCAAAGCCACGCCUGGGAGAGUACCGCUUGAUCUCAAAACCCGCAGCCUCCUCGCCGCAGGAGCCCGACAAGAUGUAAGAAGAAUCUAA